AUGAAAACCUCACCGAAGUUUUCCAUUAUAACUUCAUGGGACUGGCAACAGCUCAUACGACUCUGUGGCCCAAAAAUAGAUGUGUCUGAAAUGGAACUACUUGAUUUCAAGAAUUUCAACGAUCUCCAAAGUAAUGCCAGAUCUCCUAUGCAACCGAAGAAAAAAACUAAUACUGGACACCCCUUCUUGAUUUCAAAAGUAGUUCAUAUGAAGUUUUUUGCUGACUCAAUGGGAAUAUUAUACUUUAAAACCGCUUUUAAUGAUACAGAAUUCAAGCAAGUAGAUUUCAACAAAUCUGAACCAAGAAAGACAAGGCGAGUACAGAAAAGCGGAUCUCAACUUUAUAUGCCUGAAGCUAUUAGAGAAUCUAUGAGGCCCAUUACGACAAAAAAGUUCUUGGAUCUUCAAAAGACACUGAAAUGGGUUCCCAAACGAUUCCACAACUUUUUCAACAACCUAUCCCAUGGAUCAGCCGAAGCAGACGAGGAAACCUAA